AUGUCCCUCAGUCCGUACACAAUCAAUGUAGGUCCGUGCCAGGCAGACGGUAGGCGAGAUGUCUUUCUUCAGUGGCAUGAGCGACCAUGUUUCAGCACAACCCAUCGCGGAAUCACCCAAGUGUGCCUCGCAAAAUGGCCUGCGCGCUUGAGGGCAGAGAGUGCAUUGGAGACGAACGACAUGGACGAGGUUGAGGCACUUCGAGCACGGCGAACGGAGCAGGUGUACCAGACCUUGCUUGAGUUCGGAAACCCGAAUGGGCCGUCCACGUCGACGCAGCUGAUGUGCUCUGAUCAUGAUGCGGCCGGAGGCGACAGCGAUACUAAGCGUCCUUUGGAGCAGUACCUUUGCGUCUUUCACCGCGAAGAACUGGCCGAUCAGUACGGUCGCUACACCUUCGUCCAGCCACACACAAUCUGUACCGCGUAUCGGAUUGCUGACUCCACCGAGCUUGAGCUGGUGCUGCACAACGUGACACCGACCGACAUUUCUGCCGCCGCGACUGGCGUGUUUGUUCGUGGCCACCGCCAGUCAAGCAAGGGGUUCCCGUCAAGCGCACCGAUAGAGCACCAAGGCAUUCAAUACAAACCGGCGUCGAAUUUGUGGUGGAUGGGGACGCCGUUAUCCCUGAAGCCAGUAUACGUCGCCAUGCCGCUUGGUUCGCAAGGAGGCAUGACUGGUGGGGUACCUAAGGGCCAUGUCGACAAGGCAUCUGGCUCACAUGCAGACAGCUUCGCGGCGGCUGACUCUCAGCACAGCGACAAGGCUGCGGGAGGUACAGUUUCCAACUUUGUGGCUUCUCCCAUCGUAGUCGGCGCUGAUGGUGUAGCAGUGCAAGGGCCCACUGGGGACAAUAUGGGUAGCCCGCCUCCCGCCGAGCUGGAGGGUUGUAUUGCGCAAGGUCAGUUUGAGCUCCUGCCUUCUCGUUCCUCUUCUCCCAACAUGCGCUGCUCGAGCCAGACCGCUGCGCCCUCGGCGGAGGGGCAGAUGUCCCGGAUGGCAGUCGCCACACCCGCUUCCUCGUUGCCGGGCGCUUCGCUUCCUUUGGCCAGCCAUGCGCAAGCUCGGUACGUCGAAGUGGAGGCAACAGUACUCGCGCAGCUAGAGCUCUUUGAUCCGAAUAGGAGGAGCAGCACAUGCGCAAGUUCACUCACUGUCGUCCGCACGGGUGUUGAGGAGCUCGGCCUCGCAACCACGGUACCGCAGUACGCUCUGGACUGCAUGCUUUGGCAGUGGUGGCCGCAUCGCGUCCGACUUCCGCGGCUCACCUCCGGCAAUGCUGCCUUGUCAGCGGUGGCGUCACCGCAUGCAGCACUUGAUCGCUACGCUGUUUUCAUUUACGAUGCACACCAAAGCCAAGUGUUCGUGCUGCGCACGCCGCACCUACACAGCGGUGCCGGUGACUUCGAGCUCCUCUUUUCUUUUCCGUGUGGCAGCUUGCCAUUUGUCUUGCCAUGUUUGCGCGCGCCACACCCGGCACCUAUCGCUGUGUGCAACUACCCCCGCCCCAACUGCAUCUCCGUCUAUGAUGUUAUGGCACUGCUUGAUGCCCCGGCGGCCACUACGGUGGUCAUGGAGCUCGACCUGGAGGCGUACCAGGCGCAUCACUCAGUCUUCUUCGGAAAGGUAUGCAUAUCUUCAAGCGGCGGCGACAGUGCACUCUUCGGCGGAAGUGGCGUUUUAUCGACGAGUGGCAGCUCAGCCAGUGGUGCUAUGCCUGCACCUCUACUCCCUACUGGAGAUGUAGACAACGACAUGGCACGCUCUGCCACCGCUGCGUCAUGGACGGCGGAUGUCAUUAACGGCGUGCCCCACCUCAUCCGUAGCAUCUUAUACCACUAUAAGAAUCGUCUCGUCGUGCAGUACGCCUGGCCUAGCGGCUCUGCGCGACCGGCAGCGACGGAAAGCGCAGAGGACGCUGGUGCGGGGUUCAUGGCGUCUUGCGGUAACAGUGAGUACGAGGGAGAUGCCGAUCAGAGUUUGCGGAGUCGCCACCGACGCCGUCGCCGCUGCGAAGGCACCAUUUCUUUCACCGUCGAGUUCCCGGUGAUCACGCUUGAUGAAGAUCCCUUGCUUGUGUAUGUGCUCGAGGCACUGAGCUCUGCCCUUGGCCCCCGCGCUGUGGCGGCUCUCGAGUACGUCCUGUUCAGGGAACGGUGGUACCGCAAGUGCAACGCGUCUAUCGGUGCUGAUGCGUUUGACGUGUGUGCCGGGCUGCUACGGAAUAUUUUUGGGUCUGAAUGCAGCGGCUCCAAUCAGGCGCUCGCCUCUACAAGCUGGCGGGGACAGCUCCCAAGAGUAGCAGAGCACCCCGAAGUUACGGCGCACGUGGAGACCAUGGCGGGAGUUGCAGUGCCGCACGUCUUUGUGGACCCCUCGACCGUGACGCUUCAGCAGAUUCGUCGAACAGUCGAGCGGCGCCACAUCGCAGACGCACCACUGUGUUGCAGAAACGUGGAGGAGGGCGACACCGCCGGCGCCGUCAACACCGCCGCUCAAGUCCGACCGGCCGCGGUUUACGGGUGCGCGUGGACGAGACAAGAGCGUGGGUUGGCUUUGGUAGCACUACACCUGCUGUUUGAGGCGUGCCGUGCACAGGAGCACCUCUGGUCACUGCUGCCGCGUUUGGCGAGCCUGAACCAGGACCUGAGCAACGCCUUGCGCUGGACUUCUUACGUAGCGUACUAUGAUGCCAUGUCUCCGAGGGGCUUCACAGCUCCCCCUCCUCCGUUGCGGACAUCGCCAACGGAGAGCUUUGCCGAUAGCUUCCCGGCGAGCGUACUGAGCUGUCGCUUCGAUUCACUGGAGCGACUGGACAACGCCGUGGCGCCGCAGGCAGGCAACAACGCCUCAGUGGCGCCGCCAGCCGCUGAGUUCGUCAGCGGCGACGCGCCUGGACUGUUCUCAACGCUCUCCCUCAUCGCGGUGUGCAACACCACCCCCCGGACUGUUGCGAUGCCGUAUGGCACGUGGCCGCUGCUAAAGCACUUGCCAGAUGCGCAUCCCAUUGCACUCACGAAUCGCUUAGUGGUUCUCUACCAUGACAUCUUCGGCGCUUCGACUGGUUCGCUUUCGGCCACUUCGGCAGCCAGCGCGGACAUGGGCACCGGGAACGCUCUUGCAGACUCCCAUGUCAAUGUGACCUGGUGGCAGCGUAUCUGUAGCCUCGUUCUACAGCGGCGCAUCUCCUCGGCUGUGGUGCGGCAGACACUGAACGCUGCCGUGGCGUACCCACUUGUGGAGGCGUUGACAAAAGGGCGUGAGUGUGCUGAGUCGACGUGGCCAGUGGCACUCCUUGAACUGGUAGGGCGCCGUGACCGGUGCCCGCCAACCUCGCACACCGCGCAGAUCUUGAGCGCUGGACAGCAUGUCGUGGAGACUGCCGAGGAGAACGCCGUGGCGCGUCAGUUCCGCGUGACCCUCACAGAAGAUGACGGUGUUUCUGUACGACCAGACUUCCGCAAGACCUGGCGGGACUCUCGCCUCGACAUGGUGCAGAACCUCUUUAACACGGUUGCCCCCAUUUCACUCUCGGGGUUUGAGGAUCGGCCAGAGGAGCUCGCCGGGGCGCUUGAGCUGCUCUCGUGCCGCGCGCAAGCAAUGCCGCUCGGCCGUGGCAUGCUUACGAUGUGCACACAGAGUUUUAAAGUGCAGGAUAGCAUCCCCAUUGCACCACUGAAUCUGAGUGGGCGCACAAACGACGGGAUCAGCGUUGCGAACAAGCCAACGGACGACCUCAUGUGGCCGCUUUUCCACAACGGGUGUGCGGCCGGACUCCGGUUUCUGCCGCUGCCGCCGACGUUUUCUGCCUGCUCCGUAGAAGCUCCAUUUGCGACUCAGGAGGCGCUCGGGGAUACGGAUACAAAGGAGACUGCUGCGCUUUCGCUUGGCAGCCGCGCGCAGAGCAUCACAAAACAGUGGGUCAUGUACCAGACGAAAAACAUAGACAACCCCGCUUCUCGAGCCGGACUGUUGCUCGCUACAGGCAUCCUCGGCCACCUCACGGUACUGCAGCGCACCGAUAUCUUUUACCUUCUCAUCUCGCGACAGGAACAGUACGUCUGGCGCGAGGCCACAACGAUGGCAGUGAUGCUGGGCCUCAGCUGCAGCUUCUGUGGCACCGGAAAUGAGGCGGUGUUCCGCUGCCUCUCGGUGCAUGUGCAGUCACUGAACCCGAGUGCCGAGGACAUUGAGGUGUCUCUGGACGUGCAGACGGCAGCGCUCGUGUCGAUGGGUCUUCUGUGUCAACAGGCGUCUUCAAACACCUUCCUUGUGGAGGUUUUCCUGGUUGAGCUGUCGCGUGUGCCAACGGAUGAGCACUGCACGAAGCGUGAAGGCUAUGUUCUCGGCGCCGGCUUUGGCCUUGGCCAGCUGCUACUCGGCGUAGGCCAGUCGCAUGGAGUACAGCGCGUAGAGGACCGUCUGCUGGCUAUUAUGAAGGGAGCACCGCGCAGCGCUGCUGUAUCGAUGCGUGAGGGGGUAGAGCACUUUGAAGAAACAAUGGGCCGAGGGGAGGCAGGGCAUUUCCUUACCCGCGCGCUGCUGUCACAGCAUGAGCGAGAGUCUACCUACAACGCAUGCGCGAGCGUCUACGAAGGUGACUGCUACAACGUGUUCACAUCAGGCCCUGCCGCUGCUAUGGCACUCGGCAUGAUGUAUCUGAAGACUGACAAUGCGUUUCUCGCAUCAAGAAUGAUGCCGCCGAAUCAGCGCGUCGCCAUGCAGAAGCUAACGCCGCUGAUGUGCCACCUACGGAGCAUGAUGGCCUCGCUGAUUAACUGGAGCGCAAUCGAGCCAACGCGGCUGUGGCUCUACCACCAGGUGCCCAGCUCGUUGUUGGAGCUGACGCAAGUGUCGCCGCCGAGGCUUGCCACACAGCAGAUGAGCUAUUUGCUAAUGAACCUCGCGCACUGUAUCGCCGGACACGUGAUGGCGCUUGGGUUGCGGUUCGCCGGCACGAUGGAUAGCACAGCCCGUGACCUCAUCGUCGGGGAGCUGCAGGGCUUCCUCGCAAAUCAGGUUGGCACCACUAAGGCCGCGAUUCCCACCGUACAGCGUGCGACAGGUGCGUAUGAGGCGUGUCUGCUGUCGUGUGCGAAUGCGCUGAGUCUUGUUAUGGCGGGCACGGGGGACUUGAGGGCUUUGGUGUUGCUGCAGCAUCUGCAUCGGCGCACAAACGUUCCCUACGGCUCUCACAUGGCCAUCUCCAUGAGCAUUGGCUUGCUGUUCUUGGGAAGUGGUCGGCUGACGCUGUGCAACAAUCGUGCCGCGGUGGCGGCGCUGCUCAUGGCGUUUUACCCUGUCUGGCCAAAGGACGCGGAGGACAACACGUGCCAUUUGCAAGCGCUGAGACACCUGUAUGGACUGGCUGUGGUGCCACGAGUCAUGGAGGCGGUGGAUGCUGUGAGCCACCAGCCUGUGUCGGUGCCUGUGCGCAUCGUGCUGCGCAAGAGGAACUCGGCGAAGAUGGGGGGAAGUGCCGGACCUCAUCAGCCAACCUCGAGUGCUGCUGGUUCCGCUGCUGUGGAACACGCCGACGACACCGAGCAGGUAAUCCACACUGUCACCCCGUGCCUGUACCCACCAGUCGAGAUGAUCGAACGGGUGGAAGUGCGCGGCACCCAGUACUACCCACUGGUGUUCUAUUCCUUUAGCAAGGAGCUUACGCAGUCGGCGAGUAUGCUGUUUCGCGUCAUGGCAAAGGAGAGCGCCUCCUCGCUGGCCAACGGUCGAGGUGGCGGACAUGUGCUCUCUACGAGAACCUCCAUUGAAUCCAAGCUGCUUGGCUGGCUGCAUCGGCUCUUUCGCCAGAACUCGACAACGAUGACAGAGGCACUCACCAUCAUUGAUAGCAUAAAGCUAGUACUGCGAGUGCAACGCCCACUCCUCUCCCGCACAACAGGAGGAUGUGAGCUGCUGCUCUCCGGCAACUUUGGCGAGGCUAUGGCGGAGGCGAUGGAGAAACGGUAUUCCUUCAUCUUCCUUCAUGGCGGUGUGCCGGCCGCUGAAAAUGCAUCGAGUGACUCUCGCCACCCACUUCGCCAGCUGAUCCUCGAGGGCAAAUCACGCGCCGAAGUGUUUCAGUCUAUCGCCCGUUAUCCUCAUGGAACGGCGGCAUUUCCAUGUGACUUCACAGCCUUGACCAUUGGCGGCACCGCGCCGGCCAACUGGGGAGGCGGGAGCGCCUCGACGCCGAUGAUGCCUACCGAGCGGGACACGUGCGCAGCCAUUGACAUGGCUGCGUUGGCGCGCUGGUUAACAGAGGCGUUGCAUUACUACGGUAUAGGCCAGCGAGAGAUCGCGCUUCUCCGGCAAGCCUUCACGGCUCUUUCCAAGUGCGCUGCUGACCUCCCGGUGAGGACCAGCUGCGGAGGCUCAUCUUCGGUGCAGCUGCUCGCAGCGCUUCUUCGAUUACAGGCGACGACGCUGCUGCCUCUUUCGAUUCUCGAAAAGAUUCGGGCCUGCUGCAUGGACUGA